AUGAUGUGCUUGUCGCUUGGUCAAGUCGCUGGAGCGAUUUUUGGCGUUUGCACUGUGCGCAAAAAGUCAGGGUGCGAGCGACAGCCCCAAAUCGCCGACUGCACGGUGCAAAACUUGCGACAGCCCCAAAAAGCCAAUUGCACAGUGCAAAAACAGCGACAGCCUCAAAUCGCCGACUGCACAGUGGAAGAACUGCGACAGGCCCAAAUCGCCGACUGCACAGUGCAAAAACAGCGGCAGCCCCAAAAAGCCGACUGCACGGUGCAAAACAAGCGACAGCCCAAAACGCCGACUGCACAGUGCAAAAACUAG